UUGUGCUUUUGUCCUGCAGGGGAUUUCCAAAGAAGGCCAAUAGAACUGCUAGAAUAGCUUCUGAUGAGGAGAUUCAAGGCACAAAGGAUGCUGUCAUUCAAGACCUGGAACGAAAACUUCGCUUCAAGGAGGACCUCCUGAACAAUGGCCAGCCGAGGCUCACCUAUGAAGAGAGAAUGGCUCGUCGACUGCUAGGUGCUGACAGUGCAGCUGUCUUUAAUAUUCAGGAGCCAGAAGAGGAAACAGCUAAUCAGGAAUACAAAGUCUCCAGCUGUGAACAGAGACUCAUCAGUGAAAUCGAGUACAGGCUAGAGAGGUCUCCUGUGGAUGAAUCAGGUGAUGACAUUCAGUAUGGGGACGUGCCUGUGGAAAAUGGAGUGGCACCGUUGUUUGAGAUGAAGCUAAAACAUUACAAGAUCUUUGAGGGAAUGCCUGUAACUUUCACAUGCAGGGUGACUGGGAAUCCAAAGCCAAAGAUCUAUUGGUUUAAAGAUGGGAAGCAGAUCUCUCCAAAGAAUGAUCACUACACCAUUCAAAGAGAUCUUGACGGGACCUGCUCUCUCCACACCACGGCCUCCACCCUAGAUGAUGACGGCAAUUACACAAUUAUGGCUGCAAACCCUCAGGGCCGCAUCAGUUGUACUGGACGCCUAAUGGUACAGGCUGUCAACCAAAGAGGUCGCAGUCCCCGCUCUCCCUCAGGCCAUCCUCAUGUCAGAAGGCCUCGUUCUAGAUCAAGGGACAGUGGAGACGAAAAUGAACCAAUUCAAGAGCGAUUCUUUAGACCUCACUUCUUGCAGGCUCCUGGAGAUCUAACCGUUCAAGAAGGAAAACUCUGCAGAAUGGAUUGUAAAGUCAGUGGGUUACCAACCCCAGAUCUAAGCUGGCAACUAGAUGGAAAACCUAUACGCCCCGACAGUGCUCACAAGAUGCUUGUGCGUGAGAACGGGGUGCACUCGCUGAUCAUAGAGCCAGUCACCUCACGAGAUGCCGGCAUCUACACGUGUAUAGCCACCAACCGAGCAGGACAAAACUCAUUCAGCCUGGAGCUUGUGGUUGCUGCCAAAGAAGCACACAAACCCCCCGUGUUUAUCGAGAAGCUGCAAAACACAGGAGUUGCUGAUGGGUACCCAGUGCGACUGGAAUGCCGUGUUUCAGGAGUGCCACCGCCUCAGAUAUUUUGGAAGAAAGAAAAUGAAUCACUCACUCACAGCACUGACCGAGUGAGCAUGCACCAGGAUAAUCAUGGCUACAUCUGCCUGCUCAUUCAGGGGGCCACAAAAGAAGACGCUGGGUGGUAUACAGUGUCAGCCAAGAAUGAAGCCGGGAUUGUGUCCUGUACUGCCAGGCUGGAUGUUUACACCCAGUGGCAUCAGCAGCCACAGAGCACCAAGCCAAAAAAAGUACGGCCCUCAGCCAGUCGCUACGCAGCACUUUCAGACCAGGGACUAGACAUUAAAGCAGCGUUCCAACCUGAAGCCAGCCCAUCUCACCUGACACUGAAUGCCGGCUUGGUAGAAAGUGAGGACCUGUAAUCCAACAUUCUUGUUAACGCUCAAACACUGAAACAGCCAUUGCCUUGACCAACAUAUUCCUUUUUCACAUUAUGUAAUGGGAAAACAUACCUUUGACUAUAAGAAAUAAACACCAAAAUAAUAUUUUUCUUACUUGAUAUACCAAACUUAGAGUUUAAGUAGGUGAUGCUCAUAGAAAUGUACACAUUGCACAGAAAAUUUACAUUCAUCAUCCAACUUAGAACUUGUGGAAUUUCUGUGAUGAAAGCGAUCUGAAAUGCCAAAAUGCUAAUGGAAAUCAACUGUUCAAAGGUAACCAGAAUUUGUAGUCUCCAAAGUGCCUUAAACACUAGCUGUAGGUGCUACACGGCAUGACAGUGUGGAAUGCUUAACAGGAGGCAAAUGUACCACAAAUAAUACUAAAACGAUUCUAAGUGGGCAGUGUGUUCAGACAGCUACAGUGAACCAAGUACAGUAUAUAGGGAUGAAAAGGAAGAGGAAAUGACAAAACCAAGUAAAUGCCUUGUUUUUGCAAAAUUGUUUUAUAUUAAAUCACAAGGAAGGAAUUACUUGCCUUAAAUUUUAUUAGUAUCGAGAGUUAUCUAACAAGGUUAAUACCUUAGUUCUUAACCACCUUUUUCUAUAUGUGUAGUAUUUUCUUUUCAUGCUACCUUGGUAGGAAGCUUACUUACAAACCAUAUUAAAAGGCUAAUUUAAAUAUAAAUAAUAUAAAGUAUUUUGAAUAAAGCAAAACUGUAUUACAGUCCAUUCCACAGAAGACAUCCAAAUCACCCAAAUGACCAAGGCGUAUGGUAUCCAGAGGAAAGAGGGGUCUGGAAGGAGUAGGAAGAAUGAAGGAAAAUGCUACCAGCACACUUGUACUCAUUUAGAUAAAAGUAGAAGGGGCAGGAGACGUGGCGAAGGCCAGGCUUUUCUUUGGUUUUCCUCAAAAGUAACCUAAAGUGUAGGUGAAAAUACACUGCCAUUCAAAAGUCAGGGGAUCUAGGGUCAGCUGGGAGAUUGGAGCACAUGUGCUGUGGAAGUUUCAGUGUGUCUGAAGUCUGUGUAGUCGCUGAAGAGGUUAGCUGUGUCGAGCAAGUGGAAAAUGGACUGAGACUGCAAGAUUGGCAUCAAUGAGAAACUGCCUGUAGGAGCUAGUCUACUGGAGGGAAGUGGAGACUUGGUUGAGACAAAAACAGGUUUGUGCCAUAAUUUUUUUUCCAAUGGCACCGUGAUACGGUGAAUGGAAAAUAUGAGUUCACUUCCGUGCUGCCAUGCAACCUUGCCUUAAGAAGGUGCUGGGUUCCGGAUAGUUUGUAAAGGCAUCUCUGCAAAGACUGAUUUUUGAAUGCAUAUGAUCUUGCAACAGCUAGACUGACACGAUUCUGACCAGACUUGAUGGUUUUAAGUCGGAACCAAUAAACUUUUAAAAAGGAGAAAAAAAACAAUUUGGCCAGAUAUUAUGUUAUAAAACGUGAGGUUUUAAUGGUACUUUGCUAUGAAAAGAAAACACUGUAUUCCUUAUGCAAAACACAUAUAUCUUUCAUUAUUUAUAAUAAAAAUGUUGAACUGUCUUAGCUCAGUUAAUUCAAUACGUAGUAUUUUUUAAAAUAAUUUUAUAUCUGUGUACCACCCCAUAUAUUUCAUAUUACUACUUCACAUGUACAGCUUUCUACUUCUUUCUAAGAACACCAACCAACCAAGUUUUAAAUGAUUAAUAGGCUUGAUCACUGGGUGGCAGAUGUUCUUUGCAGAGUGGUGCAAGUUUCUUUGACCACACUUAUAUGCGUUGCUAAUAUGGAAUUUAAGAUACAAUACAAAGUCUUUCGUGGACCUAUCUAUAUCGUAGAAUUAUGACUUAAUGUCAUAUCUUACUUGCCAGAUUUUUCUGAAUGUGACUGUUUGCUAAUUUGCUGGGUUUGGGAUUAAGUAGCAUUACUUGCCACCUUUUAUGUUGUAUUUAUAAAAAAAGUACUAUCAUACUACUUUUUGGAUUGUUGUGCUGGUGUAAUGUGGAUUUAACAUCAAUAAAUAUUUAACAAAUAAUAACUGUAA